AUGACAGCAUCACCAGCUCGACGCGCUCUGCCGUUGUUCUUUCGAAAACGCGGCUGCUGCGCUGCGGUCGGAAAGCAGUGUGGCUCCAAUGGAACUUUCCAGCAAUCUCUUCGACAUCCGCGGCUCCAACUGCUUCUCUCAUUGGCAUUUGCAGCUUCCGCUGCUUCGCAAAUGUCUGCAGUCAUAAAUUCACGACCAUCGUCAGCUGGAAACGCCAAUAGCAUAGGUGAAGAUGCAAGACCAAGUCAUGUUGCUCGAAUAAAUGAUGUGGUUCUGCUUUCGAAAGAAGAGGGCGUAUGGACAGCCAGUGAUGACCGAUCCAUUAGGCUAUACUUGAAGAGGGAUAAUGGACAGUUUUGGCCAUCAAUUCACAAAAUUAUGCCUGUAGCACCCACAUGUCUUCACUACAGCGAGGAAACGUCAAGAUUGCUGGUGGGGCUUUUGAAUGGUCACGUGUAUGAGUACUUCCUCGCUGAUGACUACAAUUCUAUGAGUGAUCCUGAAGUGCGCAGAUGGUCAAUACAUGCUGGACCUAUUUCUGGGCUAGGGCUGGCUUUAAGCGCUGAGCUUGUAUUCAGCUGUUCGAAGGAUAAAUCCGUUAUUUGGCACUGCUCAGAAACAGGCAUAAAGCGUGGUGCUUUUCAUUGUGAGAGCAGCUGUACAGCAAUGGCCAUUGAUCUUCCUUUUGUAUUCAUCGGCGAUCAUGGUGGUAAUGUUGUUGUAUUGAGGCUAAGUGGUGAUACAGCUCAGAUGGUCAGCAAGUUAAGCGCACACACAGGACCAAUCUCUUCUUUGGCCUGGAACAGAGUGAAGGAGAUUCUCUACUCGGGAAGUCACGACAGUUUAGUGAUAAUGUGGGAUAUCGGUGGGAAACGAGGGGAGGCUUAUGAGCUCAACGGACAUUCCUCAAAAAUCACUAGCUUGGCUAUUGCUCCGGGCGCUGCCCGACUCUUCUCGGCUGAUGAUACAGGGAAACUCGUUUGCUGGGAUAUGUCUGCCAAUAGAUUAGAAACCCCAGGAUGGAAGAAUUCUGACAAUUGUGAGAUUUGCGAUAGCCCUUUCUUCUGGAACCUUUCUGCAAUGUGGCAGAGAAAGGUCGUUGGACAGAGGCAACAUCAUUGCCGAACAUGUGGAAAGGCAGUGUGUGGAAGUUGUUGUUCAAACUGGACAGCUUUUCCUAGAAUGGGUUACGAGUUGCCGGUUCGUAUAUGUAAUGAAUGCCAUAAAAAGAUGGAGGAUAACCCGCAACUCUUCGAGUAA